AUGCAGGGCACCCGCUGGGCAGUGGUGAUGUGUGGGGGCCCAGGGGUGGGGGCGCUGGCUGAUGGUGUGAAUGUGGAGCGCCUCUCACUGGUGGCAUCUCCCAAGUGCCUGGGGCUGGCUCCCCACCCCGCCCUCACGCUCACCUCUGCCCCAACCCCCUCCCAGGAUGGGAAGAAGCAGCUGAUGGUGCUGAUAGACUGCUCACAGGGGGGCAGCAGCCUGCGGGACGGCUCCCUGGAGCUCAUGGUGCACCGAAGGCUGCUGAAAGAUGACAGACGUGGCCUGAGGGAGCCACGGCUAGAGAAGUCAGGGUCGUGGGUGCGGGGGCGCCACCUCGCGCUGCUGGACGUGGUGGGCAUGGCGGCCACAGGGCACUGGCUGCUGGCGGAGAAGGAGGUCCUGGCCCUGCAGGUGGUGCUGGCGCUGGGGGGUGGUGCCCUGUACAAUCCUAGAGCUGCCAUGUGCACACAGGUCCUGUUGCCCUCCCAGCUUCCCCCUUCCCCGCCUGUGCACCUGCUCACACUGGCCUGCUGGGGCCCAGAGCUGCUGCUGCACUUGGAGCACCAGUUUGCCAGUGGGGAAGACUCAGGCCGCAACUUGAGCUCCCCUGUGACCUUGGAUUUACAGAACCUGUUCUCCACCUUCACCAUUGCCUGCCUGCAGGAGACCAUGCUGGCUGCCAACCAUCUCCGGGCCUGCGCCUCCAGGCUCAGGCUCAAGUGGACCCCAGACACCAGUGGGCACCUAGCAUGGGAGGGGUGGGCUCCUGCCUGGGGCUGGCGGCUGGGGGCAGUGUAUGAGGAAUGGGAAUAUGGGCCAGGAUCCAGUAUAGAACCUGAGGACCCUGGGCAGAUCCAGGCUCGGGGCUUCAGAGUCCCGAGUGGGUUCAGCACAUGAGCAGUAGGUUGUGUGGGUUGAGCAUUCAGGCCUGGGAACAAGUUAUAAACUCUAUCAUGUGCUCAAAAUCUGUAGCUUGCUGGAUGAUCUCGAGACAUGCACACCCAAAGAGGAGUGUGGGUGUUAGUACCACCUUCGCCCCAGAAGGAACUUUAUGGUUUUACUGUCCUGGAAAUGGCUCACAGCAUAUUUUUGGAGAAUUUGAUUAUAUAGGGAAUCACAGCUGAUUGAGUACAGGUGGCAUGGUUUAAUUCUGCUGUGCAGAAGAUACUGGGUGUGAUUUCAUAGCUGCCAUGAAGACGUCUCUCCUUCCGUUUCCAUAUUUUAACUGACCUUGUGGGUGACCUGUGGCUAG